AUGAACAACCAGGCUACAGGCAUCACCGAGGAGCUCUACCAGAGAACCUACACCUUUUGCACGAGGUUACUCACCCUGCCCACCCCCUAUUGCACGGUUGCCUUGGACUGCGCUAUCCGGCUAAAGACAGAAACAGCUGUUCCAGUGUUCCUCUUCGUGGAUCCUGAGCUGGUCUCCGCCUCCGUGUGCAGUGCCCUGCUGCUGGAGAUCCAGGCGGCUCAGGUGCAGCAGACACCGGAGGCCUGCAUGCGCCACGUGGUCUCCCACGCCCUGCAGGCCGCCCUGGGGGAGGCCUGCCACUUGGCUGCUCUGCAAAAGAAGCUGCAGGCCAGCCCUCGCCGCGCCCUGGAGCGGUAUUUCAACGCUGUGGUGGCCGCCGUGGAGCAAAUGGCUAAUGAGCCCAGCCCCAGCCGAGCCGGUCACCUGGAGAGGCUGGAGGAGAUUUACUGCUCGCUGCUGGGGCCCCUGGCGGCCGCGAGGGGUCGCUGCGGCGAUGAGAAAACUGUGAAGGAGGUUAAACAUCUUGCCCAGGACCACCCAGCCAGUAAGUGGCAGAGUCAGGACUCAAACCCAGGCCAUCCAUUUUCUUAACCACUGUGCUAUAUAGUAGGAGGCCCUGGGUGGUAUAAACGGUGAAUGUACUUGGCUGC